GCUGUUUUUAACAGAAAUAUUCAUGCGUUUGGGUCGUAUAGAUAUUCUGAGAGAUAGGUUUGGAAUCCACAGCGAUCAGAUAGAGAAGAGCCUCAUGAAUAGGACAACGUUACCAAAAUUCAGCAUGUGGCUUCACUAUUACUGUCGUUUUGAGCAGCCAUGUUGCCCCAACAUCUCUUCGGAACCUCCAGCUCCCUCUUCCACUUUACAGCAAAGGACUGUGGUGUCUCUUAGUGACAAAACAAAGACUUUUUUUUGCUGAUGCUUUGUGGACGUCUAUGAUGUUUGUUGUGUACCUUAAAUGUCUUUGAUAUGUGUCAGUGUCUUUGUUGUCUUGUGACAUGUUGACUCUCCCAAUUGUGGGACUAACAAAGGCGUCUAAUCUAAUCUAACUGUCAGAACCAGGAACGUUCUAAUAGAUUUGUCUCAUAUCUAAGUAAACUUGUGGUCUACUGUUGCCCUCCUGCAGAGUCCUGAUGGAUAAUUUAAGUGAGGAUUUGGAUAAAGACGACCUGGACGAUCUUAUGUUCUUAUUUUCUGGGAAGUUUAGCCAGGACACCACCAAAAUGAAGAGUUUUCUCGAUAUAGUUAUUGCACUGGAGAAGCUGGAUGAAGUUUCACCCGAAAAUGUUGACUUGAUUGAAAAUUGUUUGGAAAACAUCGGCAGAAUCGACCUGGCAAUGAGAGUGAGGAAUUACAAGCGCAAUGUCAAUCGAUCUGACCUGUGUGCAGCUCACCAGAAAACCCACGUCACGAGUCCAAAACCUGAGAGCUCUGUGCAACAACGGAGGUGUGAGACAUUCCAAACCAGUGCAACAAACAACGUGCAAGCCUUCGUCUCAAGGAAAAGUUGCAGACAGAGUCCACUGGAUGGGUAUAGUUUUCAGAGUAACCCCAGAGGAGUCUGCCUAAUAAUAGACUGUGUGGGUUAUGAUGGAGAAAUGCUGGAGCACACGUUUACGUCCCUCCAAUUUAAGGUUGAACUUCACAAAUGGCUGACAGCGGAAGAAGCACUUUCAACUCUUGAGAGAUUCAGAGGCAAAGCAAACCUUGUUGGUGACAGCUUUGUCUGCUGCAUCAUCAGCCGCGGCACUGCGGUCCGCCUCCUCACGACUGAAGGCUGCAAAACUGAUUUGAGUCUGAACAAGGUCAAACAUCACUUCUCUGUGUGCCCGGUAAUGACUGGCAAGCCGAAGAUGUUCUUCAUCCAGAGGUACAGUGCCUCAGAGUCGGAGUCCUCAAGGGAACCGCAGUGGGAUGAUGAUGAACUGGAAAUGGAUGGACCGUCAAUACCACAAGACAUGUUCUGGAGUCACUGCUGGACCAAUGAGGAGCAACUGAAGGGAGGACGACAUUGCUCCAUCUACUUAAAGGAACUGACAAACGCCAUAAUGAAAGGCAACAAGAGGAGUGAGCAUCUCAUUGAUGUUCAUAAGGAGGUGACCAGGAUCAUCGCCUGUCACAAUUAUCGGAAUCCGAAAAAACAGUACCAUGUAGACUUCGAAGAGACUUUGACCAAAAAGCUCUACUUGUAGGAGCCGUGAGCUUUUCAGUGCAGCUCAACCCUGACGUUUAGUGGCGAGCUUUUGUCAAUACACAGAGCAGCUGUUUAGAAGAAUAAAAUAUGUAUUUAUUAGUUUUAUAGUUUAGGCAACGUUUACUGCAACAUUUUUUGUCCCAUUUUUAGGGCAGCUCAACAACUGUUUAAAUUUGAAGCUAUGUUUGCAUUUUACAUUUGGAGUCAGUUGUAGUUGUUUUUGUCCUGUAUUUGUUUAAAAGAAUGAACAUACUUGGAUU